CUACAAUCUGCAGGGUCUGAGAGUGACGUGCACCUGUAUCCCCCAUUAGCAGGUGUGACAGUUUGAAAUCUGCCCAGUAGGUGGGACUUGGUGACUUUAGCACCCUUUUUUUCUGUCUCCCCCAUCUUCUAUUGCAUUCCUCAGAAGUCUUGUAGAUCUCCUGGAAAAAAAUAAAAAAAAUAAUAACCAACAACCUGGAAUCAACAAGACAACAGCAGCAGCAGCAUCAGGCACCAUGCAUCUCCGUGGGCUGAAAGCAGUGUGCGUCUAAGCCAUUUCAGGAUGACUUUAGCUGCAGGAGGAUUUUGCAUCUGAUUGCUUAUCAAGAGAAAAGGCUGAGAUAUCUCCUCAUCUUGGUUUCCUUCCCCUUUCUACCCCCACCCCAUUUUUUGGGGGGUUGAAAACCUCUGUUUGAAAUGGAUAUGUCUCCGUACCCUACAAAGUGCAGUUUUUGGAGGAUUUUCUUACUAUGGAGCAUUAUGCUGGACUAUAUGGGUUCGGUGGUGGCUUGCCCUGUUAAUUGUGUGUGCAGCAAAAUUGAAAUUCUCUGCAACAAAGUGGACAAUGGGAACAUAUUCCCCUUCUUGGAAAUGCAGGAAUCAGCUAAUGCAACCACAAACAUCACUGAGCUCUACAAGAACAUCAUUUCAAUACACAUAGAAAACUGGGUGGAAUUACAGAUUUUGAAUGUACUGGACAUGGAACUUUACACUGGAAUCCAAAGCCUAACAAUCACGAACUGUGGACUGAGAAGCAUACAGCCACGGGCGUUUUCCAAGAAUCCACAUUUGCAUUACAUAAAUCUUUCUGGAAACCGAUUGACAACACUGUCUUGGCAGCUUUUUCAACACCUGGAGCUUAGUAAAUUGAUAAUAGAGAACAACCAGUUCACCUGCAGCUGCGCCAUCCGCUGGAUACAGAUUGCUUACACGAAAAACGAGGCAAGCUUGAGGGAACAGAGCCUCUUCUGUACAAUGAGAGGGCACAACAUUUCACUUCACAGAAUGAACAUCUCACAGUGCGACAUCCCAGGGGUCAGUGUCAGUCACAGCAGUUUGGAGGUCCAUGAAGGGGACAAUGCCGUGGUCACCUGUAAUGGUUCUGGGUCACCUCUACCGGAUGUUGAUUGGGCUGUUUCACACCUCCAUUCGAUUAGCACACAUCAGACUAAUGUCAACUGGACCAACGUGCAUUCCAUUAACCUGACCCUAGUCAAUGUCUCUGGAGAAGACAACGGCUCCAAUGUAACCUGCAUUGCAGAAAACAUUGUGGGGAUGACUAAGACUACUGUGUCACUCACUAUCUACUAUCCUCCCCGGAUAUUGAGUUUGAGAGAGCCAGUUGUUCAUCUGGAGCACUGCAUUGAAUUUACUGUUCGUGGGAAUCCUUACCCAGUCCUAACCUGGUUUCAUAACAAUCAGCCCCUACGACCAGUGGAUUUCAUACGUCAAGAGGUUUACAAGCAGGACACAUUAAUGGAAGGCUGUCUAUUGUUUAAUAAACCGACCCAUUAUUACAAUGGAAACUAUACACUGAUUGCUAAAAAUAAGUUUGGAAUUGCAACCCAAACAGUUUACGCACAUUUUUUGGAGCAGCCAUAUCCUGAGAAUACUGACUAUUUUGUCUCAGUAGCAGAUCUUGGAAUAAGUCCCACGCCUCCAAUCAGCGUGACUCAUAAACCAGAAGAGGACACUUUUGGCGUUUCCAUAGCAGUUGGUCUUGCCGCUUUUGCAUGUGUCCUCUUAGUGGUCCUGUUUAUUGUCAUCAACAAAUAUGGAAGACGCUCAAAAUUUGGAAUGAAAGGUCCUGUAGCUGUGAUAAGUGGAGAAGAAGAUUCUGCUAGUCCCCUCCAUCAUAUUAACCAUGGCAUCACAACACCAAACUCUUUAGAUGCUGGUCCAGACACAGUCGUAAUUGGAAUGACUCGGAUCCCUGUUAUUGAAAAUCCACAGUAUUUCCGUCAAGGUCACAAUUGUCACAAGCCAGACACAUAUGUGCAGUACAUUAAAAGAAGGGAUAUUGUUCUGAAGAGGGAACUUGGAGAAGGAGCUUUUGGGAAAGUGUUUCUUGCUGAGUGCUACAACCUCAGCCCAACCAAAGACAAGAUGCUUGUAGCUGUCAAGGCUUUGAAAGACCCUACAAUGGCAGCACGUAAAGAUUUUCAAAGAGAAGCAGAACUUCUUACAAACCUACAGCAUGACCACAUUGUCAAGUUCUAUGGUGUGUGUGGUGAUGGAGAUCCACUUAUCAUGGUGUUUGAAUAUAUGAAGCAUGGGGAUCUAAACAAGUUCCUAAGAGCCCAUGGACCAGAUGCCAUGAUUCUUGUUGAUGGUCAACCUAGACAAACUAAAGGAGACCUGGGACUGUCCCAGAUGUUACACAUUGCUACACAGAUUGCUUCCGGAAUGGUCUAUCUUGCAUCUCAGCAUUUUGUUCAUCGAGACCUAGCCACUAGAAAUUGCUUGGUGGGAGCAAACCUUCUUGUGAAGAUUGGUGACUUUGGCAUGUCAAGAGAUGUGUACAGCACGGACUACUACAGGGUGGGAGGUCAUACUAUGCUGCCAAUCCGCUGGAUGCCUCCAGAAAGUAUAAUGUACAGAAAGUUUACUACAGAGAGUGAUGUGUGGAGCUUUGGAGUUAUCCUUUGGGAGAUAUUUACAUAUGGAAAGCAGCCAUGGUUUCAGCUCUCAAACACAGAGGUUAUUGAGUGCAUCACACAAGGACGUGUCCUGGAAAGACCACGAGUGGCUCCAAAAGAAAUCUAUGACAUUAUGCUUGGGUGCUGGCAAAGAGAGCCACAGCUACGAUUAAAUAUCAAAGAAAUCUGGAAGAUUCUUCAGGCCCUAGGGAAGGCCUCUCCAAUUUACUUGGACAUUCUGGGCUAG